AGCUCAUCUUCCCAACCUAGUCGUCUAAUCCUUCCAAGCAAGCGUGUUACCAACAGCUCCUUUAUUUGGGUCAGCUCGGGUUCAAUGCCUUGGGCCGGCCCAACACUGACCUUGGGAUGUCCAUGGGUUCCACAACGCACCUGGGCACACGGGUUGGGAUGCCCGGCAGAGUUCCAGGUCAGUUUUUUCUUUGCUACCAUCUCCUCUAUGGAUUCCGAUCCUUUGCCUCUGUCUUCUAGCCCCACUCUGAAAGACCAGCUGAUUAAUUCUGGCCAGGAUCAGGGUCCCUCUUGUCCGCCACAGCCGUCACCGGCAGCUACAUCUAGCAUGGGACAACAUCAAGGCUUUGCCGAUGCCACUGAUAUGGUUGGUCGCGCCAUUGAGGUCUGGCGACCCAUCGAGCUAGAAGAGGAUACAGAAGGCGACAUGGAUCAAUAUCAGUUGUUGUGCCGCCUCACUCUGGGAGACUGGAAGAAGAAAAGAAAGCGGGUCGCAACUUCCCAUGACGAGCUGCAUCGCCCGUCCUCGAGCCACGAGGUUCACUCCCUACUCGAUCACGUGGUGAUCGAUAUAGAGGAUCAAGGGGAACCGACUCCCACAGUGGAGCUGGGGACGAUAGUGGUCAACUCUCCUUCCCGCAAAAGGGUCCAUGGGGCAGACUCGUCUGGAUGCCAUAUAGAUCAGCGACCUCCCUCCUUGCCUGCUAUGACCAUUGACAUGGAGACGGAAAUGGGGUCGAUGAGGUUCAGCGUCCCCCAUCGUUCGUCCGCGGGCUUGGAUGAGUUUCUUGUGGAGACGACGGUCGUACUCCACUCUGCCGACCAAGCUUGUCUGGAUGCCAGCUCUGACCGCGACCUAUCUGAUAUGGUCCUCUUGAAGUUCGGCCGGGUAUGCGCCUUGAGAGUCCUCCCUUUCCACUCACUAUGUUUGUCUUAUGCCUCCAAGCUUUCAACCUUUGAUGCAGGCCUCGCUUGGAGUGUGGGAGCUCGCCCGUCGAGCGACUGUCCAUCAGUCCUCCCUGGACGAGUGGCGUCAGUUUCUGCCCGGGUGGCUGAGCUAGAGGCCGAGAAGGGCGACCUGGUUUGUCGUCUUGAGGAGGCAGUCGAGACCUUCAAGGCUUCUCCGGAAUACCGUGCGACCGCCAUGGAGCAGAUGGACAAGCUGGUUGCCUCGUGGACACAAACCCGUCCUGCGGAAGAUUGGCUGGUUAAGAAGAUGGAGGUUUCCUUCUGGUUGGGGCUCUUCCAGGCCCAAAAAUUUGUUCGUCGCAAGCUAACUCUACUCCCCAAGGGGACUUCUCUUCUCGACUUUGACCUCCCCCCUUCUUGCGACAACAUCCGGGAUUUUGACCCUGCGCCCUACAAGGAUGAAUAAAGCAGACUCGUGCGACUCUGAGGGUGAGAGCGAGGAAGUUGGCUGGAGCGACCAAGGUAACCAGGUCGGCCAAAAGGAGGGGGCUAUAUAUCCAGACGACGGACACAGCUGAUGGAGACCCCAAUGCUAGCUUCUGAACGACCAACCUCGUCUAUUUCCCUUCUGAACUUGUAAAAACUCCUAUGUAUUAAGGUUUUGCCACUAAUUGGAUUUGUAUCACUCAACAACUGUUUGGUUUA